AUGGCUUUCAACCCUUCACUAUACUCCGGCUACUUUGACAGUUAUAUAAUCAGAUCCUUAAUGGAUUCAAACCAAUAUCUAUCUGCACUUUGGGCAACACCGCACACUUACAACCCCUGUCUAAUCGGACACCCGGCAUUAACACGGACAUUCCACAACGGAUUCAAUUCCAUUCCUCAACUAUGCUCAGCUCCCCACCAGACGUAUCUAUCGCCUGCGCCACACUGCUUGGACAUGAAAGGUGAUGGCGACAGGGACAGUCCGACUGUGGAGCUGGAGGACAGGGAACUCUGGGAGAAGUUUCACGGCUUGGAGUCGGAGAUGGUCAUCACGAAAUCUGGCAGGCGAAUGUUCCCUCCAUUUAAAGUCAGAAUUAGAGGACUGGACAAAAGGUCCAAAUACAUUCUACUUCUGGACAUUGUCUCAGUGGACGACUGCAGGUACAAAUUCCACAACGGGAAAUGGAUGCCGGCGGGAAAAUCAGACCCUGAGAUGCCACGAAGAAUGUACAUACACCCCGACUCUCCUUGCACAGGCGAGCAGUGGGCGCAGAAGUCCAUUAGUUUCCAUAAGCUUAAAUUAACCAACAACGUGUCAGACAAACAUGGCUUUGCGAUCUUAAACUCCAUGCACAAAUACCAGCCACGCCUCCAUCUUGUGAGAGCAGACGAUAUUCUUCUGAUUCCGGUUAGUCCUUUCAGGACCUUUGUUUUCAAGGAGACCACAUUCAUCGCUGUCACAGCCUACCAGAAUGAUAAGAUCACCCAGCUCAAGAUUGAUCAUAAUCCGUUUGCUAAAGGCUUCCGUGAGACUGGAGGAG